GUAUGGGGGGAUGUGAGCGGGACAAGGGGGAGUCGAACCGGGUGCGAAACAUCUAAAAAACUGAUUUCUCCCUACUGGAAAGCAGAACAACGCUGGUAGACACACACCGGAACAUCCCGCUGAGCUCAUCAUCACUUCCCAUCAUGUCUGAGACAACCUGCGGUGGAAGCUACGAGGAAUGCAGAAUCACCGCCGACUGGCUGCUGACGCAGACCCAGGUGCGACCCACCGUGGGAAUCGUGUGCGGGUCGGGCCUGAGCGCGCUGGCCGGCAUGCUGAAGGAUCAGAAGGUCUUCAAGUACUCUGACAUUCCCAACUUCCUCCACAGCACAGUGCGCGGUCACGCUGGCCAGCUGGUGUUUGGGACGCUGAAAGGAAAGCCAUGUGUUUGCAUGCAGGGCAGGUUCCACCUGUAUGAAGGUCACCCCAUCCAGAAGAUCACGAUGCCCAUGCGCGUCUUCAAGCUGAUGGGCGUCAAGACGAUGAUCAUGACCAACGCAGCGGGGGGCCUCAACCAGGACUACAAAGUGGGCGACUUCAUGAUCAUCAAGGACCACAUCAACAUGCCCGGCUUCGCUGGAGUCAACCCGCUGGCCGGACCCAACGACGACAGGUUUGGUGUCCGUUUCCCCUGCAUGUCGGACGCCUACGACCGCGAGCUGCGGCAGCUGGCCCACGACGUGGCGGCCGAGCUCGGCUACAGCGACUUCGUGCGGGACGGGGUGUACUGCGUCCUCGGAGGGCCCAACUUCGAGACCAUCGCCGAGUGCCGCAUGCUGCACCGCAUGGGGGCGGACGCCGUCGGUAUGAGCACCAUUCACGAGGUGAUUGUCGCCCGGCACGCCGGCAUGCGCUGCUUCGCCAUGUCGCUGAUCACCAACCGGGCGGUGAUGGACUACGACAGCCAGGAGCGAGCCAACCACGACGAGGUCCUGGAGACGGGCCGGCAGAGGGCCAAGCAGAUGGAGGUGCUGGUGUCCACCAUGGUGGCUCGGCUGAAGGACGACCAGAACGACGACGCCAACAGCGACGCCAACAACGACCGGAACAAGUCCUGAGCUGGGACCUCAGAGCCGGCUGCCCUGCGUGUUUCAGACAUUAAUCUGAAACACGCAGGACAGACUGGAGGACUAAACCGUUCCAGCGCCUGAUUCCAGGUCAGCUGCUGAUCCCAGACGGAGGAUUUAUAAAACGUUACAGUUCUGCUAAAAAGAGAGUUUUAAACCACAAGGCCAGUUCUAGAAGCAUUUCUCCCGACUGUUACCACGAUUUAAACGGACUCUCACACUCCUCUCUCUAAACGUUCAGCAUGUUUGUGACUUUGUUUUCAAAUUAUUUAUUGCUCCAGCAUUCCCUGAUAUCGGCAAAGAACGAUACUUUUUUUUUUAUUGAAGCGAACCGACUCACUGAACGGCGGCAUGAAAUGUCGACGGCGGUAGAAGUGAAGCGUGAAAUAUUUAUAAAACGUAUUUAUGUGGUGUUUGGGAUCGGGGGACGUAUUUAAGCGCGACGCUGUUCGCCGGCUGGACUUUGUUCGUGUUUUAUUGCAAGUUCUGCAAACGAGGCUCCGACUGUCCAAUAAAUUACCUGGAAUCAAAA